CAAUAAUAUUGCAAGAGCAAUUGGCGAAGCCUCCAUUCUCAUUCAUCAGACUCGUUGAGACGAUCGAUACGGGCAUUAGUUAGAAGGACUACUAUAGCUAGAGAUCCAAUUGGAAAGGAGGGGCGCCUUUUGGACACUGAAGACUGAGGAACUAACCUAGCUAGAUCGGGCAUCAGUAUUACAAUGGACGAGAACGAAAAGGAUUCCCACGAGAACAAUGCCGGUACGGGCGACGGCAACGAGGACAAGCAAGAAGAAACCUGGACUACUUCUCUGACCGCCAAAAUUCAAGAGAGCAUUCAACCAAUUCUAGAUCCUUAUGCAGGAGAUGAUUCUGCACGAACCCAAACUGAGGACGAAGACAGAAAAGAACAUGCCAUGACCAGCGACAUCUACAGCCUCAUGAGCAUAGUGCCGGUUUUUUCAGUCUCAUUUAGUUUUGCCGGACUGGUCUUUGCUGCGCAAUUUAUUCUAGCUGCUCUUGCCUUGGUGGACUUGGUGGACUUUUCUGCAGACCCGAUUGAAACUAAUGGUGUGCGCAAUCCUACCUCCAUUCCUCCUGACGUAUCGAUUGAAGUAAAAAUAGCCCAGUUUAUAGGGGUCCUACUCAUUUCCAACUUUGCUGCAGGCCAGGGUGACUUGUUCGUCGGUUUUACCCAUUUGCUCUAUGGAUACGAUUCAGAAACCAUCAAGGAAUAUCCCCAUGCCACCUUUACAAAGUGGUAUCUUGCAGGCACUUGCCAAUUCUUGGUUGGCAUCCUUCUUACUGCUGACCUCAUGGUUUUGAUGUUUCGAAGCACAUCAGUGGUGGAACUCUGCUUAAAUUUUGCUGCCCUGCACUUUGUCCAAGACAUUGACGAUGUGGCCUUUACAGUUGCCUCUAUGGGGCUCAUCACUCGACGAGUUCGAAAGGAUUGCGACCGGGUGGGGAACGUCAUGAUACACACAAAAAAGAAACGACAAAAGGAUGGGGUCCGUCGUGCAUUCUUGCUCAUCUUCACAAUCAGCCUCUACAUUCCUGCUAUCAUUGUAACCUCAUGGCAGUGGAGUGGUCGAUUCAUGUGUCAACGAUUGUACAUACAGUUCGGCGAUCUUCAUUCGCACGAAUGGCCCUAUUCAAGCGGAUUCUUUGAAGCGGAGAGCUUGAACGCUGGGAAUCGCUUCAACGGCAGGGCCGUGUAUGUUGACCGGACUCAAACUAUGCGAUUGGCUUAUUGCGGCCAAUUGCAAGCCUGGGCUUUCUCUUACAUAGGUGACGAAGAUUAUUGCAACUAUUUCAUUGUGAGCUCCACGACGACAUCCUUUGAUGUCAUUGAAGUAGCCGGAUCCACUUGGUUUGCUUUGACCAAGGAACUAGGACCCGUUCCGAUGGAUUGGCUGUAUUUGAGUUGCAGCGAUUGUACAGAACAUAUCUGCACCCCUGGACAUGGACAGUGCGAAGACAACGUUUGCAUUUGCAAUGAAGGCUAUCUCGGGUUGAAUUGUGAGUUUUUGGAGGCGGACGUUUGCCCUGCCAUGGCACUGGAUCGCAGGUCCGACGUACACUUGUCCACUGUGCCAAACACUCUGCCCUUUACUCGACAAAACUACACACGUGUACUGGAGGAGGGACAAUCCAAUCAAUACUACGGUCGACCCCUGUACGUUUCCACGGAUUCUGCAGGAUUCGUGGAUCUCAUCGUUGUAUUUGCUGGAUAUCGGUGGAUCAUGUAUGGUUUGCCUCAAGAGGUAUCGGCGGAAACUGCCGGAACGAACCUCUCCCACGUUGCAACAAUAUUUGAUCGCGCUGAUCGCACUCGACAAGUUGUCAACGUCACCAGUGACUACCAACACUUUACCCCGUUUCUCUUUAGCUCACCAGUCCAAUUUGGGACCGAAUCGCACGAGGUUGAUCCUAUCAAUGUGCAAUGGUUUGCUGCACAGUUGGACGAGAGUAACACGAAUGUUGGGGCGAAAGCAGAUACGAACCGUCCCUGGGGUGGGAGCUUCAUCUGCAAAGUGUGCAGCGAUAAUAGAUACCCAUGCGAGAAUGGUGGCAUUUGCUAUGGGUCUGGUACGGACAGCUACUGCAAUUGCACGAAUCCUAGAAGCGGGCUUCAAAGCUAUGCCGGCACGAUGUGCGAACAUGCAUUUAGCUGUGCGGAUUUUCGGGCCAGGUUCAAUCAAACUUCACUAAACGGAUGCGAGUGCGACUCUGUGUACGGAGUCUGCACGAGAUGCGAUUUUGGAUUCCAUGGGAACCUAUGCCAAUUCAAAGAUGACGAUACCGGCUACUAGAUGGCUCGAGCUGGAGUGUCGUUGCGGGUGGGUACGGAAUCCAAGAAGGAACACUACAAUCUACUUGCUGCACAGAGAGAGAAUGUGUCCCAGUAUCAUGGUUUCGUCUGCUCAAGUCGUCCAAAGUUCGGAAAGGGAUGGUUGCAAGAACCCAGUUUCAAAAAGGCGGGCCAGGUACUAACUUUUUCCACAAAGAUUCGAUGACCCAUCGAAUAGAGCUGUGUCACUCGAAUUGCUAGCUGGCACGGAAACAAGAGCAGAGAAACCAUAGGCAAUGAUUGCGAUAUCACGUAAAGUGUCUGCCUAUUACAACAAAACGAGACCGGCCAAUCACCUACUAGCUAGCCCAUCAUACCGCCGUGCAUCAUACCUAUGCUGAGUUCCACAUCACGUACGGACACAUCCAAGUCUCCGUCAUAUGUGUCCUGGAUGACGCCAGAGGCACCAAGGAAAUCUCCACUCCCUCCAGUGAUGGUAAAGACGCCUGUAUCACCCUCGUUGAAGUAGGGCCCAGCAUAAGUGAUUGUUCCAGCGCAACCAAAGGGGUUGUGCAGUGUGCCAGUGAAGUACCAAUAGGAAGGGGCUUCUCCUUCAUCCACGCCUCCUCCAUUUGGGUUUUCGUUCAUGCGAAUUCCAGUUUCAAAGAUUCUUCCGAUGGAUGCUCCACCAGCAUCCUGCAGAAUAUCACCAACGGUCAAGUCAAGUCCUGCUGCGCCAACCAGCCAGGGCUACAAGGUGCAGCUGGCAUGUCCUCAUCACUGUCCUCUGCAGUGCAGCAAAAGAGAUUUCGAGAGAGUAAAGGAGUUAGAAGUCAUCGUGAGUGCGAGACCGAGCUUCAAAAGUUUCUUCCAAGUCAAGUUCUACCAACCUUUCUGGGAGUGAACACCCACAGCCAUCAGCAGCAAGGCACCUGUAAGAACCGAAGUGAUAACCUUCAUCUCAAACUAAUUAUAACUUUGCGACGAUGGAACUGGAUCUCAACUAGCUAGCCAGAGGUAGCAGGAGAUUAACAACUGCUGCCGUAGAAUAAUGGAUCCAAGCAGUGACGAGAAAGUAUCUCUGUGCCAGUUUCAUGAAAGGGUGUCAAAGCCCCCAAAAGUUUGGUCUUUGCAUUUUAAAAAAUUGCACAACACCCAAGAGAGCAUGACACCUUUGGCCACAGGUACAACUUCAUCCUGCUAUCUUUCUGUUCGGUUGUAAAGUAUCUUUGUACGUACCAGGUCCUCCAGUGCUACUCCUGGCCAGAGUGGUACUGGUACCUUGGUGAUGCCAGUCUUUAUGGUCUCGUGCCAGUUUUGUGCUGCAUGCGCGUCACUCUCUUGUAAAAAGUAAAAAAUACCUUUUCUCAUUUAUUUCUGUACAUGUACCGAUACCGGUACAUUAGUACUGAGCUAGAUUCCAUAAAUUCGCACGGUUGAGGUCUAAAACCCCUUUUUCCCCACCAGUAUUCUACUUUUGGAACGCCAAAUCUACUGGAAAACAAGUUUUCACAAAUAACAUUGCGGGCUGGGGUUCGCUGCCACUUCGGGACGGCCUCAAUGAAAUAACUUUGCUGGUGUUGAAGGAGUGCAACAAAAGC